AUGAAGAAGAACAGGAAUCAGGUGGCUGCGAAGAUCUUGGAUCUAACCAUGGAGAUCAUCUGCCUGCUGACUGGAGAGGUGAGGGAUUCUGGGUAAUGUCAUUAUGGAGAUCAUCUACCUGCUGGCUGGAGAGGUGAGGGAUUCUGGGUAAUGUCAUUAUGGAGAUCAUCUAACUGCUGACUGGAGAGGUGAGGGAUUCUGGGUAAUGUCAGUAUGGAGAUCAUCUACCUGCUGACUGGAGAGGUGAGGGAUUCUGGGUAAUGUCAGUAUGGAGAUCAUCUACCUGCUGACUGGAGAGGUGAGGGAUUCUGGGUAAUGUCAUUAUGCAAAUCAUCUACCUGCUGACUGGAGAGGUGAGGGAUUCUGGGUAAUGUCAGUAUGGAGAUCAUCUACCUGCUGACUGGAGAGGUGAGGGAUUCUGGGUAAUGUCAGUAUGGAGAUUAUCUACCUGCUGACUGGAGAGGUGAGGGAUUCUGGGUUAUGUCAGUAUGGAGAUCAUCUACCUGCUGACUGGAGAGGUGAGGGAUUCUGGGUAAUGUCAGUAUGGAGAUCAUCUACCUGCUGACUGGAGAGGUGAGGGAUUCUGGGUAAUGUCAGUAUGGAGAUCAUCUACCUGCUGGCUGGGGAGGUGAGGGAUUCUGGGUAAUGUCAUUAUGGAGAUCAUCUACCUGCUGGCUGGGGAGGUGAGGGAUUCUGGGUAAUGUCAGUAUGGAGAUCAUCUACCUGCUGGGAGAGGUGAGGGAUUCUGGGUAAUGUCAUUAUGGAGAUCAUCUACCUGCUGACUGGAGAGGUGAGGGAUUCUGGGUAAUGUCAGCCUGGAGAUCAUCUACCUGCUGGCUGGAAAGGUGAGGGAUUCUGGGUAAUGUCAUUAUGGAGAUCAUCUACCUGCUGGCUGGAGAGGUGAGGGAUUCUGGGUAAUGUCAUUAUGGAGAUCAUCUACCUGCUGGCUGGAAAGGUGAGGGAUUCUGGGUAAUGUCAGCCUGGAUGUUAUCUGGUCACUCUGGGAAUGAUACAGUGACAUAAAUAAUAUACACUAUGAAAGGGAACUGGGCUUUGGGUUUGGUAUGGACACAUUUGAGAAAGGAAAGAUGUGAAUCAACUUACCAACAGUAAAAAUGUAAUUUGAAAUUUUAGGGUAUAUGAAAUCUUAUUUUGUACAUACGAGAACAUAGAAACAUGAAAGUGGGAAAGAAUCUGGAAAAUGUAAAAUCUUGUGUCAUUUGUAUUAAUCUCACAUUCAAUAUUUAGGAUCACAUAAUUGUGAAGAGUUCUGAUGGGAAAGACCUACACAGCUUUAAUACCCAGGGCCCUAGCAUGCUUCCCCUGACAUGCUCAAAGAUGUGUGGGAGGCUCAAUGACAAGAAGAUCCUGGAACUGACCAAUAAGAUCAUUUUGCUUCUAACUGGAGAGGUGAGGCUGCUGGGAAAUGGGUCAUUAUACUGUAAAAUGACGUGUCUGGAUGCUGACUGUAUUACUGUGUGUGUCAGGUUCCUAUAAGGUGUGAGGAUGUUGCUGUCUAUUUCUCCAUGGAGGAGUGGGAGUAUUUAGAAGGACACAGUGAUCGCUGCAAGGAUAUAACAAUAGAGAAUCGACAGCCUCACGAAUCACUGGGUAAGAGGAUGUGUAAUCACUUUGGGACUGGUACAUGGAGAAACAAUUCAACACAUUUUAUAUUUGUUGUAUUUGUUUUUGAAGUAAUUUAUGAGGUAUUAAUGUGCUUUUUCUUCCAUUAGAAAAAUGUGAAUUUGGUGGGUUGCAAACUGUUUCUAAACCCGAUGAUGAAACCCCUAAUGGAGGAAAAUCCCCUAAAUUCAACACCGCAGGGAAAAGUCAGAGUACAUCUGUAAUGUACGUGUUACAAAACUCUCAGCCCUGUGGCAAAGGGAAUCCAACAGGAAAUAACAUGUAUAUAUCCACAGAUCAUCCACAGACAGACUAUCCUUCUCAUAGUAAGGAGGAAUCCGGGUCAUGUGAAGAAGAAUAUCUCACAGACAUUUAUACACCCAUAGACUAUCCAAAUAAUCAUAUUAAGGAGGAACCAGACUCACACGAGGAAGGAAAUCUCCCAUUAACAAUAACCCCUCGGAUAUCCUUAAUACGUUCUAGCAAACCUGAUAAGUGUAUUAAUGAUGAAUCUGAUAAAUCUCCCAAGAGGAAAUCUAACACAGAUCCAAUAUUUGACUGCACUUACUGUCCACAAAGUUUUAAUAAUAACACAGAGCUUGUAAAACUUCAAUCAGUUGACAAAGAAAACAAGAUGGCUGCUUCUGAUACGGGAAAACAACAAUUCUCAGGCUCUGAAUGUGGAAAUAAAUGUAUCACAAAGGCUAAUAUAAUUAAUCCUAAAAAGAGUCACACAGGGGAAAAACCAUUUCAGUGCAUUGAAUGUGGCAAAAUGUUUACCCGGAGGACACAUCUUGCAUCACAUGUAAUGAUUCACACAGGAGAAAAACCAUUCAAAUGCACUGAUUGUGGGAAAUGUUUUAUUCUUAAAGCUACUCUUACAAGACAUCAGAUGAUUCACAUAGGAGAGAAACCAUUUAAAUGCACUGAUUGUGGGAAAUGUUUUAUUCUAAAAGCUACUCUUACUAGACAUCAGAUGAUUCACGUAGGAGAGAAACCAUUUAAAUGCGCAGAAUGUGGAAAAUGUUUUACCCAUAAGUAUGAUCUAAUCAGGCAUAACAAGAUUCACACAGGAGAAAAACCAUUUAACUGCACGGAAUGUGGAAAAUGUUUUACCCAGGCCUCAAAUCUUGCAUCACAUGUAAUGAUUCACACUGCAGAAAAAACGUUUAAAUGCUCUGAAUGUGGGAAAAGGUUUAAUCUAAAAUCUACUCUUAAUAAGCAUCAGAUGAUUCACACAUCUGAAAAACCAUUUAAAUGCUCAGAAUGUGGGAAAUGUUUUAUUCUAAAAUCUACUCUUACUAGACAUCAGAUGAUUCACAAAGGAGAUAAACCAUUUAAAUGCAUUGAUUGUGGGAAAUGUUUUAGCCAGUCCUCAAGACUUAAGUCACAUAAAAAGAUUCAUACAGGAGAAAAAACAUUUAAAUGCCCUGAAUGUGGGAAACAUUUUACCCAAAAAUAUGAUCUUAUGAGACAUCACAAGAUUCAUACUAGAGAAAAACCAUUUACCUGCACUGACUGUGGGAAAUGUUUUACCCAGGCUGCUAAUCUUGCUUUACAUUUGAGAAAAAAACAUUUUGUUCUUCCGAGUGGGGUAAGUAUUACCAGCAGCUGA